GUGAGGGGCUGUCCAGUCUCCUGCAGAGAGAGAAUGGAAGGGGCCCCAGGGGCACUCAGGAGUCCCAGAGGAGAAUGAGAGACUGGACCCCCACAGUGGCCGGACCCCUAGUCCUGCUAGUCCCUGGAGGGCCCAGCUGCUGAGGAGGUGAGGAUGUGGACUUUCAUCACCCAGCUCCUGGUCACCCUAGUGCUCCUGGGCUUCUUUCUGGUCAGCUGUCAGAACGUGAUGCACAUUGUCAAGGGCUCCCUAUGCUUUGUGCUGAAGCACAUCCACCAGGAGCUGGACAAGGAGCUGGGGGAGAGCGAGGGCGUGAGUGACGACGAGGAGACCAUCUCCACGAGGGUGGUCCGGCGUCGGGUUUUCCUGAAGGGGAAUGAGUUUCAGAGUAUUCCAGGGGAGCAGGUGACAGAGGAACAGUUCACAGAUGAGCAGGGCAACAUUGUCACCAAGAAGAUCAUUCGCAAAGUUGUUCGGCAGAUAGACUCAUCUGGUGCUGAUGACACCCAGGAGCAUGAGGAGGUGGAGCUGAGAGGGAGUAGCCUGCAGCCGGACCUGAUAGAGAGCAGGAAGGGGGCUCAGAUAGUGAAGCGGGCCAGCCUGAAAAGGGGCAAGCAGUGAUUUCUAGCCCCUCCCCUCAAAUGGCCUCUUUGGAGGAUCACACCUCGACACCCAACCCUUGAACUUCACACACACUCUGCCAUGCACACAGGAGGAGAGCUGGAGCAGAGGGCUGCAGGAGUGGCGCACUGUUCCUCUAGGCUAACGGCAUGAUCUCUGUAAGGGACUUCCUUUAGUCUCCUAUUCGCAUGAACGGCCGACUGUAGACGCAUGACCUACAGUCCUCAAUCCUGCCUCUAGCAACGAUGGAUCUCUGUUGGGAAUCAGGACAAAUGCCUCAAGAAGGGGGGGGAGAGAGAGAGAGUGAUAGAAAAUGAGCUCGAGAGAGCACAUGAACACAAAAGUGAACAAGGGCUCUUUUGUGGCUGGGGAUGAUAUAUUUUUUUAAAUCAUUUUAAUUUUGACUUGUUACAGGGUACUUUUUUUUUCAACCUUAUCUGUAGGAAAUCCAUGUGGGCUUCCUGGAAAGAAAAAAAAAGGCACAAAAUCAGUUUGGCACCUUAAUCCCAUGUCCCCACCUGCCAGCCUUCCCCACCGCCACACACCUCCAUUCCAUUUGUGAUGUCCCCUCCGCCUCCCCAGGGGGCCGCUCCUCCCAGAAAGCUCUACAUGACAUUCAGGACACACACAUAGGCACACGCACACACACACACAAGCACCUCUUCCCUCUCCUCAGUGUACACACAGAUUUUACUGUGACGUCCGAAGCUGUAUAGACUCUCCUGUGGAUAAACUGGAAUUUUUUUUAUGUUGUCUCUCUCUCUCUCUCUCUCUCUCUCUCUCUGCCAGUCUCAGUAUUAAUCAUCUUCCAAUGGAAAAUCAUUACUUUUAGAGUGCAUUCAGGGUUCCUUGUGUUAGGGACUUAAGAAUCAGAGGCGAGGACCCCCAGGCUUAGCUGUAGGGCUCAAAGGGAGCCAGUGCCCCAUCUGCAAGGGUCUUCUCUCUCAGCUGGGGGCGGGCCGGUGGCUGUCCCAGGAUUGCACCAGCAUGUCCAAUAGAGAGGAGGUUUUCUAUAUCUUCAAGCACUUAUAUCAUAGUCUGUGUUCAAAGUGUAAACUGUACAGUAAUCAGCCUUGUGUAUAUGAAAAACAAUAAAUACUAUGCAAACCAAUAGAAACACUUUAGCAGUAUGUACAAAGCACUAACAGCUCAGCUCCUGAGGACUUCUCCAGGCUGCAGGAGAAGGAGCUACAGCCUGUCUUUCAGUGAAAGAGGAAGGGAGUAGGGCUAGUUGAAUGUAUCUGCCAGUUCUUAGAAGUCAGCCACCACCCCCAAGGUCUCCCAGAGCCAACUUGGUGCUCUAAGUCCAGGCAGCCCACAGGAUGGGGGGCCUAGGCCGGACAGCCUCAGUGCCCCCACUCUGACCAAGCCCCUCUGCCCCACUCGGAGAGGUGGGCGAGGGGCCCACUCCUGACCACGGGCCCAGGGGGAGGAGAGCCGGAGGAGGAGAGAGCAGCUGGCCACCUGGAGGCCCCGGGGCUAGGACGGAGCUCCUCCUAGGCCAGGCCCUCGGUCAGAGCAGGAAGGAAGCAGACAGCUGGCUGUUCCUCGCCUCGGUGCCACCAGGGAAGAGCCUUAAAGAUACACUAGAGCCUCUGGCAGAGCGAGGCCCGAAUCAGCACAAUCCGCCCCGCCCUGCGCGGCGGGCGCCCUCUAGGGCCCGGAGAGAGACUGGCAGGCUCUUCUCGCUCACAAGAGCCUUUGUUUGUGGACGUCCUGUCACCUUCCUCCCUGCCUCUCCUCUGAGGUGUCCUCAGACACAUCAAACCUUCCAAGUAGCACAGAAGCUCCCUCACGACCGAGCCCCCACGGCCCUGGUGCCUGUCACCAGCGCACAGGUCUCCCGGCGGAGGCCGCAGGCCCCACGCGCCCGGGGCCGGCCGAGGCGCUCCGCUUGGACCGGGCGGCUUGCGUUUUGCUUUCGGAGGGGCGGCCCGGGCGCAGGGGGCGCCAAGCGUGCGCCGAGGGCUGUGUCCCGGGAGGCGCGGCCCCGGCGCCCCACGCCUUCGACCCCGCGGCGGGGCGCAGGAGCGCGGCGCUUCUUCGCGUCGGCCGGGCGCCCGCCCGCCCGGGGAAGACAGGCGCAGGGCUCGCCUCCAGUCCUCGAUCCCGCGCCGUCCCCCGCAGGCCGUCGUCCCCGUCCCCCGCCCCCCGUGGCCCCUCGUAGAGCCCAGCGUGGGCCCCGCAGCUCCAGGCUAUGCUUUGGCACCUUCCGCUGCGUCUGGCAUGGCUGCUUGGCCCGCCGGCCCCAGGCCCUCGGCGGCAUGGCUGCGCGCUCCAGUUGCUAGUAGGAGCUGUUAGGGGAGGAGUUUGGGGUCUCCACACGAUGCCUAGAGAAUGCUGCAGUCUGCACAUUAGACGCUUUUUAGAAGUUUUGGAAUUACCUUGAUUUUUUUAAUUGUUAUGAAAAUGACUCUUUUCUUGACUCCCUCCCAAAUGCUCUGUUAUGGGGAGAGAACCCCCCCCCCACUCUGAUGUAUAGACCAUUCUCCCUACACCAGCUGAACAAAUGUCAAAAUUAAUAAAGAAAUUGACUCAUG